UACAGUUUCAUACAAAAUCUCACACAGAACAAAAGUAACCCCCCAACCAACCUCAACUAGUCUCGGGAAAAACACUACAUCAUUAUUAUAGGGAAUCAAUCAAAACAACUCUAGUUCAAAACCAUGCAACACAAAGGGUAUUUUCGGUAAACCACAUUAACCUGCACCCUCGUUUGCCACCUUACGCUUUCUAUAUCUCCACCCAAACAGUACCACAAACCUCCCACUUCUCAUCACUUUCCAAAACCUAACUAACAGAGACACUCACUUGCUUCCUAUGGAUCCAGACGCAUUCACCGCCAGCUUGUUCAAGUGGGACCCACGCACCGUUCUCUCUACUGCACCAUCUCCCCGUCCCCAGCUUCUUGACUACGCGGUUACCCCUACAACCGCCCCGAUGACUUAUCAUCCAGCGAGAUUACCAAGAGAACUAGGAGGCUUGGAGGAACUUUUCCAAGCUUACGGGAUCAGAUACUACACGGCGGCGAAGAUAGCAGAGCUUGGUUUCACGGUGAGCACGCUGGUGGACAUGAAGGAUGACGAACUUGACGACAUGAUGAACAGCCUCUCCCAGAUUUUUCGCUGGGAUCUUCUCGUCGGCGAACGUUACGGCAUCAAAGCCGCCAUCAGAGCUGAAAGAAGGCGCCUGGAUGAAGAAGAAAUUAAACGCCGCGGUCUUCUCUCCGGCGAUACCACCAACGCUCUUGAUGCUCUCUCUCAAGAAGGUUUGUCGGAGGAGCCGGUGGUGCAACGUGAAAAGGAAGCGAUGGGGAGUGGAGGAGGGAGCACGUGGGAGGUGGCUGUGGUGGAGGAGAGGAGAAAGAGGCAGCAGAUAAGGAGGCGGAGGAUGAAGAUGAAGGGGAAUGAUCAUGGUGAGAAUGAAGAAGGAGAAGAGGAGGAAGAGGAUAACAUUAGUGGCGGCGGUGUUGGUGGUGGUGAGAGGCAAAGAGAACAUCCAUUCAUUGUGACGGAGCCUGGGGAAGUGGCACGUGGCAAAAAGAACGGUCUGGAUUACCUCUUCCAUCUCUACGAACAAUGCCGUGAGUUUCUCAUUCAAGUUCAAGCCAUCGCUAAAGAGCGCGGUGAGAAAUGCCCCACCAAGGUGACAAACCAAGUGUUUAGGUAUGCAAAGAAAGCUGGAGCGAGUUACAUAAACAAGCCGAAAAUGAGACACUAUGUUCACUGUUACGCAUUGCAUUGUUUAGAUGAGGAAGUAUCGAAUGAACUUAGGAGAGGUUUUAAGGAAAGAGGUGAGAACGUUGGCGCGUGGAGGCAAGCAUGUUAUAAGCCACUUGUGGCGAUUGCUGCACGUCAAGGAUGGGAUAUUGAUGCAAUAUUCAACGCGCAUCCACGUCUUUCGAUAUGGUACGUGCCUACCAAACUCCGGCAGCUUUGUCACGCGGAGAGGAACGGUGCUGCUGCUUCAAGCUCCGUGUCUGUUGGAACUACCCACCUUCCUUUCUAAGUUAAAUUGCUUAAGAGCGUGGUUUUACUUUUCUUUGAUUAGUACUGAAUCUUCCAUAUGUAGAACUGUUAUUGUUAUUAGUGUGAAAGUAGAAGUGUAGAAGUGUAGAACCUCCCUUCCACCAAUGGACGGGAGGGAAUGUAGCAAUUUCGUUCUAGGUAGGGGACUUUUCUUAGUUAUUAUGGAAGGAAAAAAAUUAAUAUAAUGUAUCUUUACGCUCCUUAUAAAUAAUUUGUUUGCUUGGUUUAAA